AAAUUCAAUUAAAAAAAAAAGAAAGUCAGAAACUUUAAUUACUGAUUUGAUAUUCAAAACCAAUUGAGUCAGUAGUUAAUUCCGGCGGUUUUCUGCUCAUCUACUUCACCCACCACCAUCUCUUCCCAUGUUUUCAAUUCUUCUUCUUCUUCCUUAAGAACCCUAAAUUCCUCCGACAUUUCUGGAUCCGUGGGAGAAAAAAAGAAAAGAGCCCAUCUUCUGAAUCCUCUCAUGGAGCUCUGCGCUUUCACAGAAACCUUAAAGUCUCAGCCAAUCUGGGUCAUCGCGCUCUUCGCUAUUGGCUCCAUCUCCGUCUCCAAGUUCAUCUUCUCGAUCCUCAGAUGGGUUUACAUCUACUUCGUCCGACCCGCCAAGAAUCUCAGAAAGUAUGGAUCUUGGGCUAUCGUCACCGGACCCACCGACGGAAUCGGUAAAGCUUUCGCCUUUCAGUUAGCCCACAAGGGGUUUAAUCUCGUACUCGUGGGUCGGAAUCCGGACAAGUUGAGAGACGUCUCAGAUUCGAUCCUAUCCAAGUACAGUAAAGCCCAGGUCAAGACCGUGGUCAUGGAUUUCGCCGGAGAUCUCGACGAGGGUGUCAACCGGAUCAAGGAAACGAUCGAGGGUUUAGACAUCGGGAUUCUGAUUAACAGUGCCGGGAUUUCGUACCCGUACGCGAGGUAUUUCCACGAGGUUGACGAAGAGUUGCUAAGAAAUCUCAUCAAAAUCAACGUUGAAGGGACAACGAAGGUUACACAUGCUGUUCUUCCCAAUAUGCUUCAGAGGAAGCGAGGCGCAAUCAUCAACAUGGGUUCUGGUGCUGCAGCUCUGAUUCCUUCAUAUCCGUUCUACUCCGUCUAUGCCGGCGCCAAAACGUACGUGGACCAGUUUUCAAAGUCUCUCUAUGUGGAGUAUAAGAAGAGUGGGAUUGAUGUUCAAUGCCAGGUUCCAUUGUACGUUGCGACGAAGAUGACAUCGAUCAGAAGAGCUUCUUUCAUGGUGGCAUCCCCCGAGGGAUAUGCGAAGGCGGCUCUUGGCUUCGUAGGGUACGAGCCACGCGUGACUCCCUACUGGCCCCACUCACUCAUGGGCGGAGUCAUAUCGGCCUUGCCCGAGACUGUGUUCGAGGCUUUCAACGUGAAGAGAUGCCUUCAGAUCAGUAAGAAGGGGCAACUCAAAGAUGCAAGGAAGAACCAGUGACUGUUCAGUUUCAGAUGCCAAAAGAUAUUUAUGAUUCCUUUCAAUUGUGAAAGUUGUCUCUUUUAAUCUUUGAAACAUCUUUGAUCAUAAUUCAUAAGCCGACUUUACUUUGCCAUUAGCUUCUUGUUUGUUUAUUUAGUGGCAUAUUUUCCAAUUUAUUGUGAUGUUUUUUAGUUUUUAAUAUGCGGGAUUAUUUCGGUUUGGAUUCGGUUU